AUGGUCGCUCAAAUUCAAAAACCAGCUCCAAGUUUUAAAAAAACCGCUGUCGUCGAUGGUGUCUUUGAAGAAAUUUCAUUAGAACAAUAUAAAGGUAAAUGGGUUUUAUUAGCUUUCAUCCCAUUAGCUUUUACUUUUGUUUGUCCAACUGAAAUCAUUGCUUAUUCUGAAGCUAUUAAGAAGUUUACUGAUAAAGAUGCUGAAAUCUUAUUUGCUUCAACUGAUUCUGAAUAUUCUUUAUUAGCUUGGACUAACGUUGCCAGAAAAGAUGGUGGUUUAGGUCCAAUUAAUAUUCCUUUAUUAGCUGAUACCAACCAUUCUUUAUCUAAAGAUUAUGGUGUUUUAAUUGAAGAAGAAGGUAUUGCUUUAAGAGGUAUCUUUUUAAUUGAUCCAAAGGGUACUUUAAGACAAAUUACUAUUAAUGAUUUACCAGUUGGUAGAUCAGUUGAAGAAUCUCUUAGAUUAUUAGAAGCUUUCCAAUUCACUGAAAAAUAUGGUGAAGUUUGUCCUGCUAACUGGACUCCAGGUGCUGAAACUAUUAAACCAGAAGUUGAUUCUUCUAAAGAAUAUUUCGGUAAAGUUAACUAA